AUGGACACAAUCAUUACCAACUUGCCGCCCAAUGUGGGAACCAUCCUCAUCGAGAAUAUCUCCAUUAUUCAAAUUAUAUCCAUGCUUUCUAUCGGUGCCUACAACGCCCUGGAGACGGGAAUUGCCGUGUUCGACUUGUUCAAACACUACCGCGGGCUAUAUUUCUGGAGCAUGCAGGUAGCAUCAUGGGGCAUACUGGUCCAUACGAUCCUAGCUAUGAUACGAUUUCUAUCUCAGUCAUCCAACCUAGCCAUGUCAAUUCCAUUCAUUUUGGGGUGGUAUGCCAUAGUGACUGGAUAG